UCCCCUUAGUAACCCUCGGCGGCGUCUCAGGGAGGCAGAAUCACAAGAUGGGUUUGUUGUCAAUUUUACGGAAACUGAAGAGCACCCCAGAUCAGGAGGUGAGGAUAUUGCUUCUGGGACUGGACAAUGGGGGAAAGACGACCUUACUGAAACAGCUAGCAUCUGAAGACAUCACUCAUAUCACUCCAACACAGGGUUUCAAUAUCAAGAGCGUCCAAUCACAAGGAUUCAAAUUAAAUGUGUGGGAUAUUGGUGGUCAGCGAAAGAUCAGGCCCUACUGGAGAAACUACUUUGAGAACACAGAUGUACUGAUUUAUGUCAUUGAUAGCGCAGACCGCAAACGAUUUGAAGAAACGGGACAGGAGCUGGCUGAGUUACUUGAUGAAGAGAAGCUCAGCGGUGUCCCAGUCCUGGUGUUUGCUAAUAAGCAGGAUUUGCUAACAGCAGCCCCUGCGUCUGAAAUUGCAGAAGGAUUGAAUUUGCACACUAUCAGGGACCGAGUGUGGCAGAUUCAGUCCUGUUCCGCCCUCACAGGAGAGGGAGUCCAGGAUGGCAUGAACUGGGUCUGCAAGAGUGUGAACGCCAAGAGGAAAUAGUAUUCUGUUAUCGUGGCUUUCGUUUCUGGACACACAGAGGGAAUGUUGAAAUCCACGAGGGAUUGUCAGUAGGUGUAGGAAAUGAAGGCACCCCUUCAAAACUAUUUAAAUUUAACUUUCCUUUUUUAAUGGUCCUGUAUACAUACAAUGAGUUAAUAGUAUGCUUUCACUAGUCUUUCAAUAGGGACAGUUCACCCAGUGAUAAAAUUAGCUGUUAAUCUACCUACCCACAGACUUUUUCUUCAGUAGAACAUUAAAAAGAUGAUUUUCAGAUGAAUCAUUGUUAGUUGGUGGUUUAUAAAAAGUCAAC